AAAAAAAAAGAGAAUUUCCUAAAGACUCAUGAUCUGAUCAUAUAUUAGGAGAUAAGUGAUGGAUAAAAGAAUCGAGAAUCUACUCCAGUGGAUCAACAACACUGUGGACGAGACAUAUGAACCUUCCACACACUCAUAUAUCUCUCCAAAGACCAUUGUGAAGGACGAUGCUGAGUGGGGUCGUGGGAUCUGUGCAACCGAGCCAGUCCGUACAAAGGAACUUAUUAUAAGGAUCCCACCUUCAUUUCUACUCAAUUAUACCACAGUGUUAAAGCAUAUCUGUAGACAUAACGAUGCGAACAAGCUUGAAGAUCCGCACUAUCUCAAGGUUUAUAUCCCGCCUACUGAAGUGAAAGAUGAAUUCACCAAGAUUUAUAGUUUUAUGAAUGUAGAGGAUCUAACAAACUUAUCAUCUUUCCAAUUGCUUUCCCUUUAUAUAACGUUUGAGUCUCAACGUCAAGAGCUGUCAUUCUGGAAGCCGUUCCUUGAUAUGCUCCCACCUAUAUCUGAUUUUGUGCUGGUUCCAUUAACUUGGCAUGUAUUGAAAGUACCCCAAUGGGAAAAACUCUUUGAUUCACUUCCUGAAUCAACUAGAAAGCAUGCCGAAAAAACCAUUCAACGGUUUGAAUCCGAUUAUGAAACUGUUUGUUCUCUUUUAAAGCUGAAAAUUGAGCCAAAUACAACAACAACCACCAUUAAUGAUGAUACUUCGUUAUUACUUCCAAUAGACUUAUUUUUAUGGGCAUGGAUGUGUAUCAACUCCCGUUGUUUGUACAUGGAUAUGCCCCAAAAGAAGAACAACUCCGAUAACUUCACCAUGUCACCAUACGUUGAUUUUUUGAAUCAUUCUUGUGACGAUCAAUGUAGUUUAAAAAUCGAUUCCACUGGGUUCCAAGUAUUCACCGGUGUUUCCUACAAGCCAGGAGAUCAAAUUUUCUUGAGUUAUGGACCUCAUUCAAAUGAAUUUUUACUUUGUGAAUAUGGAUUUAUGUUAAAUGAAAAUAAAUGGAACGAUUUAGACGUUUCUAGUUACAUUUUGAAGGCCCUUACAGCUCAACAAGUAUCAUAUUUGAAAGAGAAUGAUUAUUUUGGAGAUUAUACCAUCAAUGUUGAUUCUGGACCUUCAUUCAGAACUGAAAUAGCAUUGGCAACUAUGCAAGAAGACCAGCCUUCCACUUCGAGAAAGCUUCAAGCUUUGGUUAAUGGUAUGACUGAUGGUGAUGCAUAUGAAUUGAAUUCUAAAAUCUUACUUGAUGAGAUUUUUAAACAAGUUAUAAAGGAGUGUGAAUUUAAGAAAAAUAUGAACCCAAUAGAUGCUAAUGAUGAUUCCAACACUAUCCUCAGGAAGAAAGUGAUUAAAAAAUUGUAUGACGAUAGAAAUUUUAUAGUUGAGAGACACUCUUUAUAA